AUGCCUGUGCAGAGCAUGCCCGCUCUUGAAAAGACGGCAACGGAAAUCGUCCAGAAACUUGCCAUCCCCCGUAGCGGCGGUGACGAUCCAAAAGAAGCCCUUCGGAGUUAUCUAGCUUCGGAGGCUGCUUUAUAUUGGCUGUUCAUCCUUGACAACGCGAACCAUAUGAACAUACUUGUUGGCUUGCCGGGCAAGUGGACUGGCCUCUUGGAUGUUCUCCCACAAAGUCCCACCGGACGGAUCCUCAUCACCACUCGGCCCUCACAGAGGCUCGCGGAAAUGACGUCGGAGUUGGCCAAUCUCUUUCUAGAGAGAUCCCCAGCUCAUAAGAGUCAGCUCAAGCAGGCCCAUAGUAUUGCGAAGCUUCUGGAGAAGCUCACGUACUUACCUCUAACAGUGAUCUAA